GCACAGGAAAGAUUGAAAGUGACUCUGAUUAGAAACCGGUCCUUUUAGCACCGAUAAAUCCGGCUGUUAGUGGAACUCUCACGUCGGUCUUUGCUCCUCCGUGUUUUGUCUUAACGCUUUUGGGUUUGUUUAGGCGGUAGUUUUUGCGCUAUUUUACCUCCGAGGAUGAAGCCAUGUGUUCAGAGGAAGGGAAACAAAAACGCGUUUUGACUUAGAGGGAAAAGUGAAGCGUUUCUAUCAUUUUUUCGACCUCCAGAACUCACACGGUCUCUCCGCCUCUGCUUUCCCUGACAGAAGAGCAUCCUCCCUCGGCUGCUUUACGCGCAAUCUCUCCUUCUCCUCUCCCUCUCCGCCACACGGUCUCCAACUUUUCUCCUUCCUCCUCCUCCUUCUUCUUUGUGGAUCUUCGGUCCGGUCCCAGAAGUGUCCAGAGUCGGAGCAUUUGGCAGAGGGUCGUGUGAGAAGAAGUAGUGCGUCAGGAGCCGAAGCACAGCCCAGCCCUGGAUCCAAUACUGCUGCUCAAUGGACAGAGCCUCCUCAGCGGCCAGCAGCGCUACAGACACGCCGUAAACAACUCGUUCUCUCUGGCUGGAGCUCCUCUGGGGCUGUGGAGGAGGAUGGAGCGAGGCGGGGAGAGUCCCAUCACCCAGGACAGUCCUGAGCGGAGGGGGGGCAGCCCCGACCUCAGCGGCCUGCCUCCUCCAGGGAAGAAGGGCCGGCUGGAGCUCAACGGGAGCCCCACCGGGCAUCGCAUCCGCCACAACGGAGCCCCCCUGAGGCCCCUCGGAGGUCUGAUGAUUCCCGUCUUCUGCGUGGUGGAGCAGUCGGACGGGGGGAUGCAGACGGAGGCGGGGGAGGGCAGGGAGGAGCAUUCAGAGUUCGUGUUGGUGAGGAAGGACAUCCUCUUCUCUCAGCUGGUGGAGACGGCGCUGCUCGCCCUCGGAUACUCGCACAGCUCGGCGGCACAAGCCCACGGCAUCAUCAAGGUGGGCCGGUGGAACCCUCUACCGAUCCACUUCCUGACGGACGCUCCUGAAGCCACGGUGGCCGACAUGCUGAUGGAGGUUUACCACAUGGUCACUCUGCGCAUCCAGCUGCAGCGGUCAGAUUUUUCCAAGAUGGAAGACCUUCCCUCUGAACAGUGGAACCACACGACGGUGAGGAACGCUCUCAAAGAUCUGCUGAAGGAGAUGAACCAAAGCACUCUGGCCAAAGAGUGUCCGCUGUCACAGAGUAUGAUUUCCUCCAUCGUGAACAAUUCCUACUACGCCAACGUCUCCACCGCAAAGUGCCAGGAGUUUGCCCGUUGGUACAAGAGAUAUAAAAAUAUGAAAGUAGAUUACCUGGAGAAGAUGUGGUCAGGACGAGAUGCUGCUGAAAUUAAAAUCGAGAGAGACAACAUGGCCGACUUCUGCGUGCUGGGCCAGAGACCCCCCCUUCCUCACCUGGCGGGCCUGGCUCAGCUCAGUCACCUGGGUGCCGGCAGCCCCCUCCUGAAGGCCGGAGACCCUCAGGCUCCCUCGCAGCAGCCUCCUCCCCCACAACAACAGCCCUCGCCCCACGGCCCCAUGCACCACAGCCCUCCCCUCCGAUCGGGCCAGGUGCCUCCCCCGCCUCCGCCCGGCUCCCUGCAGCCCCUGCUGGGUCCAGGUGGGCUGCUCUCCCCCCAGCUCUCCCCCCAGCUGGUGCGACAACAGCUCGCCAUGGCCCACCUCAUCAACCAGCAGCUAGCCGUUAGCCGCCUGCUAGCCCACCAGCACCCGCAGGCCAUCAACCAGCAGUUCCUCAACCACCCGCCCAUCCCCCGGGGGGCGUCCAAAGUCGGCGGGGAUCAUCCCGGGAGCAACGCCUCCGCCGCAGAGGUCUCCUGUGAAAUCUACCAGCAGGUCAGAGACGAGCUGAAGAGAGCUAGUGUCUCCCAGGCCGUGUUCGCCCGUGUGGCUUUCAACCGCACACAGGGUCUGCUGUCAGAGAUCCUGAGGAAAGAGGAGGACCCCCGCACGGCCUCCCAGUCCCUGCUGGUGAACCUGAAGGCCAUGCAGAACUUCCUGAACCUGGCGGAGAGCGAGAGAGACCGGAUCUACCAGGAGGAGAGAGAGCGCACCAUGAACCCCACCGUCGGUCUCCCUGCCUCCAACUCCUCCAACCCCGGCACCCCCCGCCUCUCACAGGUGUGGGAGAGAGGCCUGGAUGACCAAAUCACUCCUGAUACCUGGGCCUCCAUCUGGAAGAACAAGACUAAGAUCUCCAACUCGCCGAAGCCCCCCGGCCCGGCCUCUGAUCUGCCUCUGAAGCUGGAGUCUCUGGUCAACAUAACGUCGGGAAUCUACGACGAGAUCCAGCAGGAGAUGAAGAGAGCGAAGGUGUCCCAAGCGCUGUUCGCUAAGGUGGCCGCCAACAAGAGCCAGGGCUGGCUGUGCGAGCUGCUCCGGUGGAAGGAGAACCCGAGCCCGGAGAACCGCACGCUGUGGGAGAACCUUUGCACCAUCCGGAGGUUCCUGGCGCUGCCGCAGGCCGAGAGAGACCUGGCGUACGAGGAGGAGUCGAGACACCACCACAACGAGAGGCUGCACACCGUGCUGCACCUGCCACAGGAAGCACAGCUGUUCUGUUUUUCCCGUCAGGCUCUUCACAGGCCGCCCCCGACCCAGAUGAAGGAGCACCGGCUGUCUCCGAUGCGCGAGGAGCAGUUAUCCGUCCCGCAGAGCGAGGACGGGGCGCAGAUAGCCGGAGCCGCAGGGGGGCAAGCCAACUCUGGGGGCAGCGCAGGGAGCAACAAGAAGCCGAGGUCACGCACUAAGAUUUCCCUGGAGGCUUUGGGCAUCCUGCAGAGCUUCAUCCAGGACGUGGGCCUGUACCCCGACCAGGAGGCCAUCCACACCCUGUCCGCUCAGCUGGACCUGCCCAAACACACCAUCAUCAAGUUUUUCCAGAACCAGCGCUACCACGUCAAGCACCACGGCCGCCUGAAGGAGCUGAGCGAGGGGGCGGCAGCCAGCGGGGGGGUGGACGUCAGCGAGUACAGAGAGGAGGAGCUGCUGUCGGGCUCCGAGGACCCAGAGUCCAGCGAAGACGGAGCCGAGGAGAUCUACCAGCAGUCCACAGAGGGGAGCAGUGGGAACGCAGGGGGGCAGAACCAGCCACAAAACUCCUCCAACUGCAGCCAGUCAACGAGCAUGGCUCAGGAGGAGGGAAAGGACAAGAGUCACGGUCGACCCGGUGGACCUUUAGGACCUGGAAGCUCCUCGUCCAGUCCCAGAGAGCAGAUGGACUAUCAGAGGUAAAGACCGACUCACGGAGAGGAGAGGACCGGGAGAGGGGGGGAGGAAGAUGGCUCUUGUGAUCACCUGAUGUGUGAAAUUACCUCAGCAAAAAAGACAGCAGGUUGUGAAACUGUGGAAAGAAUUUCUGACUCCAAACAAACUAUUAAUCCACUCACUUAUUAACAGGUGAUCCAUUGCUGCUCAUACCUACAAACACAAGACAGCAUCUCCAAACUCCCUAGAAGAAAAACACUCCAAGGAGGCGGGACUUCAUCCUAUCUGCCAGAGAGUUUCCUGUUCCUCUGGAAUCUGAGCACAGUCACAUAUUUCCUAACAUGCCGGGUUGAAUUCGCCCCUCUGAGAGACAUUUAUAGACUGGAUCCCGGGGGCCCGUACAAUCCUACAAAUCCUCAGGACACACACUGAUGUUGCUAACGCUGUCGCCUGCCUGAGACUGUGGACAGAAGGCUUCAUUUCAUCGUAAAAAAAAUAAAGGAGAUGACCACCACGAAAAUCCCUUCACCCUCCAGAAUCACCAACAAGCACUUACUGUUCAAGAAGACACCUUUGCUGGAUGAUGGACCUCCUCCUCCUCCUCCUCUUAACGCUAACAAAGCAGUCUAGUUGCCAGCACUGCUGGAUGCUAACCUGCAUAUGUUGGGCAAUUUACACAAUCAGCAUUAUAGCCGAUGUGGACAAUAGUUUAAAAAACAGCCUGUCCAUUUCUGACGUUUUCAGGAUCAAAAAUGGCAGCUUUAACCAGAUAGUGGCCAUAUUUGUACUCCUGUUGUGUGAUUUGGACUACCAUGAGUGGUGUUUUGCGACCCUUCGAUAUAGAGAGCAUAUAAUGGACAUCAUUAUCUCUACUAAGCAAUCAGUCCAAUCCAAACGAUCCACAGUCCUCUAAAACUUUGAAAUGGAUCCAAAAUGAAUCAAAAAUAAGCCCACAGAGUAAAAAUAUGAACAAAAUGACUCAUAAAUUGACUCAAUAAUCCCCCAAACCACUCAGAAAUUGUCCAAAUCAGCCACUAUUGACGCAGCUUGUGCUAAUUGCAUUAAUUGCCCAACGUGUGCAAGUUAGCAUCCGGCUUUUCCUUCACGCUGGGGACCCGUACUGUACAUUUCUAUCUUAAAACUUUGGGGUACUCAGCGUCUCCUGGUCUCUAUGAGCUGGCACACAGACUGAAAGCAGUGAGAGGUUUUUAAAAAUGACAGUGGACAGAGGAUGUGGCGUUCAGGGACACUGGAAAGCCCGUGUGCAAAUCCACGCCCUGCAAAUGUUCGGCAAGAAAAAAUGCCAAGGGCAGCGCGGAGGAUUCAGCAAACCAAACAAUCAGUCACUUUAUGUGCGGUAGUCCUCUCCUCUCUCUCCAUCUCACCCUCUCUCUCCCCCGUUUCCCUCCCUCUAAUUGGUGCCCACAGUCUCGUGUUUCACCACACCUCCCCGCACUUAAACUUCACCAACCCUAUUUAUUGCUAUCUUUAUCCAUGAUUAUUAUUAUCAUUAUUGUUAUUAUUGUUGUUAUUAUGGUUAGGAUUGCUGUCAUUGCGUGCUAUUUUUAAGUUUCUUUUUUAUUUCCAUGGUUUUUAAAUAUCGGUUUUUAAGAACUGGGCGGUUUUUGGGACACAAGAGACAUUAAGAGCGCUCUGGAAGAAGAAGGAGGAGAGGAAGAAGCAGUUACUGAGUAUUAGUGGGUCCUGUCAUGUUGUAUUACGCCUUUUUUAAAGUUGUGUUUCCCAAAAAUAACAAAUGAGAGAAAUAGGUAAAUAAGGAAGCGAAAAAACUGUCGAUGACAAUCUACUUUUUUGAGCCAUUUAAAAAAGGUUUGACUCACUUUUGAUGUCUGUAAAUACCCGACACGGGAUAAAUUGUUAUUGGUAUACUUUUUAUUUGUGUUUGAGCCAGUUUGGAGUGUCAGAAGAGUGCUGUUCUGUUCUGUUUCCUUUGGACGACUCAGUGGAACCAGGUGAAGUCAAUCACAAGAGUAUUUAAGAUGAUUUGUUUUCCCUUUGCUCGGUGUCUGUUGUGUACAAGUAUACAGUAUGUUCAAAAAAAAUCCCUGAGGACGGAUAGUGUCCAUGUUGUUUGGCUGCUACACUCCAACAGAUGACCUGCCUUUUAAUGAUUAUGUCGACUUUAAUCACUGCGAUGAUGAAGAUGAUGAUGAUGAUGUGCUUUUCUGUAUGACAGGAAUCAGGGUUAGACUCUAAUGCAGUUCCAAUGAAAUCUGAGUUCAUCCAGCGUUGAAGUGAAUUAAAAUUUGUGAAUUCAA